AACACACAAAGUGAAAAUAAAUAAUUGAUCAGUGCAAAAAUUUCUUACUUAUGUGCCUUACACGUCUCUCUCACAACAAAAUUAAUUUAUUGUUUUGGAAUAAAAAAUUGAUUGUUUAAUGGAAACCUUAAAUACAAUUCAAACGUAUCAAAAAUGUCAAUAUUAUACAAAAAAAGAGACUGUAAUUAAUGGUAGUAAUAGUGUUUACUUUUAUGAGAAACAACAAAGUGUGUUUACAUCGAAAAGUUCUUUAUUUGGUGGUUCAACAUUAAAUAUAAUGCAUGAACAACAAAAUGCAUCCCCACAAACACAACAACAACAACAGCAACAUGGGCAUCGUGAUCGUAAACCAUCGUUUACCGGAUGGUUUUCAUCGUUACGUCGACCGGGUAAAAAACAUUCAAAUGGUGCAAAUAGUGUUACAAAUUUACAACAAUAUGGCCCAUAUUCAACGGCUACAACACCUCGAUCAGCCUCUGUGUGGGAUUUAUCGCAUGCAUCUAAAAUUAAAUAUCCUAUUAAGCAAUUAAAAGAUGAAUUGGGUGAAGUUGUAUCGGAGAUGGAGUCAUUGGACUGUUCGGAUGAAAGUAAACAUAGUAAUAAAGCAAAAAUGAUGUCAAUUGGUCGUAAAAAAUUCAAUAUGGAUCCAAAGAAAGGUAUUGAAUAUUUAGUGGAAAAAGGCCUAUUACAACAAACGCCAGAAGAUAUCGCACAAUUUUUACAUAAAGGCGAAGGUUUAAACAAGACUGCUAUUGGUGAUUACCUUGGUGAAAGGAAUGAUUUCAAUGAGAAUGUACUCAGGGCAUUUGUAGAUUUACAUGACUUCAAAGAUCUGAUAUUAGUGCAAGCUUUAAGACAAUUCUUAUGGAGUUUUCGUUUACCAGGUGAAGCACAAAAAAUUGAUAGAAUGAUGGAAUGUUUUGCACAACGUUAUUGCCAACUAAAUCCUGAUAUAUUUACAAAUACAGAUACAUGCUAUGUACUUUCAUUUGCUAUAAUUAUGCUAAAUACUUCGUUGCACAAUCCAAGUGUAAAAGACAAACCUAGUCCUGAACAAUUUAUUUCAAUGAAUCGAGGAAUCGAUAAUGGUGGCGAUCUACCUCAAGAAUUAUUAAUUAGUUUAUAUAGUAGUAUAAAAACUGAACCAUUUAAAAUACCUGAAGACGAUGGAAAUGAUUUGAUGCAUACAUUCUUUAAUCCUGACAAGGAAGGUUGGUUGUGGAAACAAGGUGGACGAUACAAGAGUUGGAAACGACGAUGGUUUAUAUUAAAUGAUAAUUGUUUAUAUUACUUUGAAUAUACAACUGACAAAGAGCCUAGGGGAAUUAUUCCAUUAGAAAAUAUUUCCGUUCGUGAGGCUACUGAUCGACAUAAACCUCAUUGUUUUGAAUUGUUUGCAAGCGGUGGAGCUGAUUUUAUUAAAGCAUGCAAAACUGAUUCAGAAGGAAAAGUUGUAGAAGGAAAACAUACAGUAUAUAGAAUGUCUGCAGCCACAGCAGAGGACAAAGUUGAAUGGAUGACAAGACUACGACAUUCAAUUAGUCAUAAUCCAUUUUAUGAUAUGCUAGCACAAAGGAAAAAGAAAGCACAACAUAAUAGCAUUCAUUCAAAGAGUUGAAUUGUCACAAUUUAUAGAAAUUUAUGGGUUUUAGAGCUGACCAAGAUUGGUGCAAUUCAAAUGUGGAUUAUACAGCAUAGAUGGCUAAUUUAUAACAUUUUAAAUUUUUAUGAAAUUAAUUUGAUUAAAUUUUGUUGAAAAAUGUAUUAAACGAUAAAAGAAAACACAAAACACCAUGUCAGUCAAUUUAGAAACAAGAAAAUAUAUUUUAAACCAAAUAUUAUGUGAAAAUAAUAUUGCUAUUUAGACAAUACUAAGAAUUAAAUUUUAUAGUUCCAUCCAAAAAAACCUAAAAUAUAUGUAUUCCGCAACGUAACAGUUGUUGCACAAAUCCAUGGGAAUGGAAACAAACGCAAGACUAAUCGAAUCACAAGAACGAAAAGAUUUGGAAUAGGUGGGUGACUAAUGUGAAAUGUGAAUUUUCUUUUUGUUAAUGAAAAAAAAAUAUACAAGUUUUUAUAUGUUUGUUAUUAUAUUAGAUGUUAAGAUUUUUAGCGCAAAUUUACUACUCCCCUCCUUUUUUUAUAAGCAUCGUCUAAUCUCAAUGUACAAAAUAAUGAAUUAAUGUAGUAAUCGAAUGAACGUCGUAUUUUUAUUAGUGGGUGGUUUUUUUUCAAAUUUAAAACGUAUUUUUUGUUUGAAUUUACCCCGAAAAUAUAAAUUAUAAAGGUGGCGUGUCACGUUUUACGUGUAUUAAAUAUUGUUCAAAAAGGGGUUGAGAGAAUAGACCAAUUAAUUUACAACGAACUGUAUGUAUAACUAACUGUACAUAACGAUAAAAAUACAAUUUUUU